UGGAUCACGUGACGCCCUGGCGAAGGGUGGAGGGAAGCCACGCGAGCUGGCCGGGAAGUCUCGCGAGAGUUACGCGAGGCAACGGCGCAGCAAGAUGGCGGCGCCGGAGACGGAGGUGGUGGCAGCGGCGGGUCCCGGGGCCGGCCCUGAACAGCAAGUGACCAGCAAUGGAACUGCCGGGGGAGGCGAAGGAGUCACCGAGACUCAGCAGCAGAAUCAGCCCCCGCAGCAGGCUCCGAAUGCCUGGCAAGUCAUCAAAGGAGUCUUGUUCAGGAUCUUCAUCAUUUGGGCCAUCAGCAGUUGGUUCCGUCGUGGGCCGGCACCACAGGACCAGACCACCGCUGGCGGAGCACCCCGGGCACCAAGCCGCAACCUUUUCCCUAAAGACACUUUAAUGGAUCUUUAUGUCUAUAUCUCAGAGCACGAGCACUUUACAGAUUUCAACACUUCCGAGUCACUGUUUUGGGAGAAGCGGGAUCUCAUCUAUGGGGACUGGACAAGUGGCGAGAAUUUCGAUGGGUGCUACGAGCAUUACGCGGAGCUGGACGUCCCCGAGAGCGUCCAGCACAACGGCUCCAUCUACAUCCACGUGUACUUCACAAAGAGCGGCUUCAAUCCCGACCCAAAGCAGAAGAACUCCUACAAGCGGCUCUCCACGGUCCACACAUCGCGAAUGAUCAAUAAGUACAAGCGCAGACGGUUCCAGAAGACCAAGAACCUACUAACGGGAGAGACGGAAGCGGAUCCCGAAAUGAUCAAAAGAGCCGAAGACUACGGCCCCGUGGAGGUGAUCUCCCACUGGCACCCGAACCUCACCAUCAACAUUGUGGAUGACCACACGCCGUGGGUGAAGGGCAGCGUCCCUCCUCCUCUGGACCAGUAUGUGAAGUUUGACGCAGUGAGCGGCGACUACUACCCCAUCCUGUACUUCAACGACUACUGGAACCUGCAGAAGGACUACUUCCCUAUCAACGAGACAGUGGAGCACCUGCCCCUCCGCCUCUCCUACUGCCCGCUGUCGCUCUGGCGCUGGCAGCUGUAUGCUGCCCAGAGCACCAAGUCCCCCUGGAAUUUCCUGGGGGAGGACCUGUACGAGCAGUCGGACGAGGAGCAGGACUCCGUCAAGGUUGCUCUUUUGGAAACCAACCCCUACCUGCUCGCUUUGACCAUUAUCGUUUCCAUCGUGCACAGCAUCUUUGAAUUCCUCGCUUUCAAAAACGACAUCCAGUUCUGGAACAGCAGGCAGUCCCUGGAAGGGCUUUCUGUCCGCUCCGUGUUCUUCGGGGUCUUCCAGUCGCUGGUUGUCCUGCUCUACAUCCUGGACAACGAGACCAACUUCGUGGUGCAAGUGAGCGUCUUCAUCGGGCUCCUCAUCGACCUCUGGAAGAUCACCAAGGUCAUGGACGUCAGGCUGGAUCGGGACAACAAAGUGGCAGGAAUCUUCCCCCGCCUCACCUUCAAAGACAAAUCGACAUACAUAGAAUCGUCUACCAAAGUCUACGAUGACAUGGCCUUCCGGUAUCUCUCCUGGAUUCUUUUCCCGCUCCUGGGUUGUUACGCCGUCUAUAGCCUCCUCUACAUGGAACACAAAGGCUGGUACUCCUGGGUACUCAGCAUGCUCUACGGGUUCCUCCUGACCUUCGGCUUCAUCACCAUGACGCCUCAGCUGUUCAUCAACUACAAGCUGAAGUCGGUCGCGCACCUGCCCUGGCGGAUGCUGACCUACAAGGCCCUCAACACCUUCAUCGACGACCUCUUUGCCUUCGUCAUCAAAAUGCCCAUGAUGUACAGGAUAGGCUGCCUUCGCGAUGAUGUCGUUUUCUUCAUUUACCUCUACCAGCGGUGGAUCUACCGGGUGGAUCUGACCCGCGUCAACGAGUUUGGGAUCAGCGGGGAGACACAGCGGACGACGCAAAACGCAGCGCAGCAAGACGGCGUCCCCGCGCUGCCGGCCAAUGGCCCCCAGGGUGCCAUCACGGAAGGGCCAGCUGACGGGGCCUCCCCGGCGGCGACGGAGGAAGUAGCCAAUCAGGAUUCCGCGGCCAGCUUGCCAGACGGCCUGCCCCAGCCGCCGCCUUCGAAAACAGCGGAGGAGAAGAAGAAAGAUUAACCGGCUCUAACUUUAAUUUUUAAAAAUCCCCUAACUGGACUCUCUCAUUGUUGGAUAAUGGACAGAUGGCAAAGGGGUCGGGCAGGGAGGGGGCCGGAGGGGGACGGGGCACGGUCCCUUCGGUCCAUCUGGGUCCAAAGCUUUUUAUUUUAUAUUCCAGUAAACUUGUGGGGGGUGGGAAAGGAGGGGAUUGUCAAGAUUUUUUGGGGGGGGGGGGAGGAGGAGAGAGAGAAAGAGAGCACCUGAGAUGUUAAUGACGUUCGGUGUGACAAGCUGUAUUCCCUGGGAGAGAAACCCCGCCCUGCCUCACCCGCCCACCCAACCUCCCUCCGUUAAAUCUCCGUGUUUAAAAAAAAAACAAAAACUUCCGUCAGUAAUAAUUGUGAUCUCCAUUCCAUCGUGCAGGUAUUUAGGACUUUUGUCGUUCGGGAGCUCUCGUCCCCCGAGUCGUGUCUCCGUUUCAUAAAGAGAGCUCGUCGUCAGAACAAAAGCAAAACGAACCCCGCCCCCCACACCAUCAACCCCCCCCCCCACCAAACCACAGAAGUAUCAUCUCUCAUCAUUACAUCCUAAUACGGACUUUUGGAUUUAAUAAAUUCAUAUGGGUGUUUAAGUUAAAAAAAA